GAUAGCGAUAAUUGCAUAGGAAAUAACACCCACAUGAACAUAUAGAUUAUUAUCGUAUUUCUCUCCUCCUCAUCUCCCUGUUUCAUUUCAUUAACCAAAUGAAGGAGGCUCAAGAAGAGGCAACAGAAGUAGAUGGAUCUGCUAAAAUUCAAAAUGGUGGAAGAGGGUCUUCAGGGGUUGUACAGUACAAGUGGUGGAUCAAGAUAGCAUUGUUCACAGUGUGUGUACUUUCAGGCCAAUCAGUUGCAACAAUGUUGGGAAGACUUUACUUUAACAAAGGAGGAAAUAGUAAAUGGAUGGCAACACUUGUUCAAACUGUUGGCUUCCCACUCAUGUUCCCUUUAAUCUUGAUGUAUUUACCUUCAAAAACACCCUCAAAACAACAACAAAUUACCAAAGAACCUUCUUGGAUUACCCUUUUGAUGCUCUACACGUUUCUUGGUGCAUUCUUGGCUGCAGACUGCAUGUUAUACACCUAUGGAUUGAAUUUUCUGCCGGUUUCGACAUACUCGUUGAUCUGCGCAAGUCAGCUCGCAUUCAACGCGUUAUUUUCUUACUUUUUAAACGGACAAAAGUUCACUCCAUUCAUUGCCAAUUCGCUCGUUCUUCUUAGCUUUUCGUCUACAUUACUUGUGUUCCAGGGUGAUUCUGAACAAACCGCGAAAAUUUCGAGAACCAAGUACAUCGUUGGGUUUGUAUGCACAGUUGCUGCUUCUGCAGGGUAUGGAUUAAUGUUAUCUACAACUCAACUCGCUUUCAAGAAGAUUCUGAAAUCACAAAGCUACAAAGUCGUAUUCGAUAUGAUCGUCUAUCAAAACUUAAUAGCAAGUGUUGCAAUUGUGGUGGGACUGUUUUCUAGCGGUGAAUGGAAGGAUAUAAAAGGAGAAAUGGAAGGUUACGAGUCUGGUAAAGUUUCAUACAUAAUGAAUUUAGUGUGGACUGCGGUUUCAUGGCAAAUUUUCUCAAUCGGUUGCGUAGGUUUGAUAUUUGAGGUUUCAUCGUUGUUUUCAAAUGUGAUUAGUACUUUAGGGAUCCCAAUUGUGCCAGUUUUGGCAGUAGUAUUUUUCCAUGAAAAAAUGAAUGGAGUGAAGGUUAUUGCUAUGUUGUUGGCCAUAUGGGGGUUCGCUUCGUAUAUCUAUCAACAUUAUCUCGAUGAUGUAAAGGAAAAAGCUGAGGCUAGAAUUGCAAACCGCCAAGUUGAUCUUACAGAAAUACGAAUCUGACGGUAUGGUUCAUCUUUGGGGAUUAUCAAGUAGGUAACAAACACCACCGAUAUAUUUAUCUUUGUUAAGACAUCAAUCUUAAACCACGUAGAUUUAAAACCAUGUACCCCAAACAACCGUUUAUCUAAAUAUGUCAAACAAGUUAGGAGGUUGUAAUGUUAUGUAAUUAAUUAAGUUGUAAACAAACGGGUUCACAGGUUAUGAUGGAAUUGUAACAAGGCAAAAGCAAUGUACACAGGUUUGCAGAUAGAACAUGUAAGCCAUGUAUUUGUUUACUUUUUUUAACCUUUUUAAAUGGGAAGAGCCGAAUUGUUUACUUUUA